AUGGGCAAGUCCCGCAGAAACAGGUCAGGUCCGGCAGGUCGCCGUCCUGACCCCAUGAGCGGCGGUGGGCCUCGUGCUCCCAAGGCUGUCAAGGAGCCCUCCGAUCCGGCCCUGGCAGCCUUGCGCACAGCCAAGAUUCUGCCUGUCCUGGGCGACCUGCGCAGCGCCAACCCGGCGACACGCACGGCGGCGGCCGGCGCCAUUGCCAACAUUGUCGAGGACGCGCGGUGCCGCAAGCUGCUGCUGCGAGAGCAGGUGGUGCAUCUGGUGCUGAGCGAGACGCUGGCGGACGCGAGCGUGGAGAGCCGUGCGGCGGGCUGGGCGGUGCUCAACGUCCUGGCGCAGCACGAGGCGGCGGACUUUUGCGUGCACCUGUACCGCAGCGACGUGCUGACGCCGGCGGCACACGCUCUGGGCCAGAUCCGGACCACGCUCGAGCAGGGCAGUAGCAGCCAGCAAACGGACAGCAAGCUCACCAAGGCGCAGCAGGACUUUAUGUGGCGCAUCACGUCGGCCAUCAUCGACCUGCUGGGCCAGCUGGCGGACGCGCGCGACGAGAUCCUCGCGGCGGUGGCCAAGGAGGCGACAAUUACGCGGGCGCUUUUUGCCCUGGCGACAGGGGAUGCUUCCAUCCAUAUUUCGACCGCCAAGGCCAAAGCGGCCAGCGGCGCUGCCUCGACGACGGCCGUGCCGUUUGAGAUUCAGUGGUCUGCGUUGAUCACGCUUGCACGCCUCUGCGACGAUGUGAGCCAGCGCGCACUGGCCGAGACGCUUGUCGACGACCAGGCCAGUGGCGGCUGUUAUGGUGCGCUGCGGCGGUUGCAGGCGGCCGGUGGACCCUUGGCAGUGGCGGCGGCGUCGCUGCUGCACUCUGUCUUUGCGACGCUUGAGUGGUACGAUCACAGUCCCGGCCGCGAGGGCGCGUCAGACGCGGUGUUGGUACCGACACUGGCGAGAGUUAUCGAGCAGCAGUUGGACCGCGAAGAAAAGGAGGGUGCCGCUUCUGGCGAGAAGGAAGUCAAGGAUGCCGACGAGGAAGACCGUUCGGCCGAGGUCCUUGGCCUGUCCUUGCAGACGCUGGCUUUGAUAGGCACGACGCUCAAGGCGUCCCUUGAGAAGGGAAACAAGGACGAGGCCGUGUGGAACGGCAUCCAGGACGGGGAGGCCGGCGAGGGCGGUGCCGCGGAUGACAGCAUUCUCUUUGAAGAGAACGGUGGCCACGGCGGCGGUGGCGACGACGAUGAAGAGAUGGCGGACGGUGACGACAGCAAGGCGGUUGGAGCCGACGACAGUAUGGAUGUCGACGGCGAGGAGGACGAUGACGAUGACAGCGACAACGGCAUCGACAUUGACCGUGACAUGGAGCAUGUGACGGGCGCGGACGACGAGGACGGUGAGAACGGCAACGGCGACGGCGAGGGCCUUGAGGACCUGACCAUACUGCGGUCCCUCAUUUCCGACGCCAUCCCGCAGAUUAUCCGUCUCGUUGCUGCGCGCGCUCAAGACGCAGCCUCUGACUCAGUGUCUGUUCUGCUCGACGCCCUAUCCGCCCUGAACAACAUUGCCUGGACGGUGUCGCUGGUGGACCUGCGUGACGAUGGCAAUGCGGCCAUCCGCUCUGCGUGGCGGCCUGUGGCCCGUCGUAUAUGGCUCCGCGUCGUGCGGCCGCUGCUGGGUCUGACGGCUACGUCUGCGGAGGCGUCGGUUGAGCUGCACGUCGCUGCCCAGGUCGCUGGUUUGGCCUGGGCGUUGUCGCGUGUUUUGGCCGGCACGACACCGACCGAUGCCGGCGAGCCUGCACGUUUCAUGGCGCUGCGCGAGGCAGCAGCCACAAACGGCGAGACCAACGCCGACGCCGAGGUUGAAGAGGACCCGUUCAGCAGGCUGCCCGUCAAGUGCAUCGGCGUGCUUGGCCAGAUGGCGCUCGACCCUGCGCCGGCCGCGCUCAACCGCGAGAUUAGCAAGUACCUGUUGGGCCUCGUCAACGCAGCCGACCGCCGGGCAGCGCCGGCCGAGAUUGUCGAGGCGCUGAACCAGCUGUUUGACAUCUACGGCGACGAGACGGCCGACUGCGACAGGGAGGUGUUUUGGCACGACAAGCUGCUGACGGCGUUCGAGGCUGCUUUGCCCAAGACCAAGGCCAUGGCCAAGGCGAUCGACAAGCGGCUGAACACGGAGCUGCGCACACGCGCCGACGAGGCGGUGCUCAACCUGGGCCGCUUCAUCCAGUACAAGAAGAAGCACGCGCCGGCGGAGUAG